CCUCGGCUCUCGCAGGCGAUCCCGGCCGGCGGCGCGGCCCGUCGGCGCUGCAGCCCAUGGAGCUCGAGAACAUCGUAGCGAACACGGUGCUACUCAAGGCCCGGGAAGGUGGCGGCGGGAAUCGCAAAGGCAAAAGCAAGAAAUGGCGUCAAAUGCUGCAGUUCCCCCACAUCAGCCAAUGUGAAGAGCUGCGACUCAGCCUUGAGCGCGACUACCACAGCCUGUGUGAGCGGCAGCCCAUCGGGCGCCUGCUGUUCCGGGAGUUCUGCGCCACGAGGCCUGAGCUGACCCGCUGCACGGCCUUCCUGGAUGGGGUGGCUGAGUACGAAGUGACCCCUGAUGAGAAGCGGAAGGCAUGUGGGCGGCGGCUAAUGCAGAAUUUUCUGAGCCCCACGGGUCCUGACCUCAUCCCCGAGGUCCCCAGGCAGCUGGUAACUAGUUGCGCCCAGCGGCUGGAGCAGGGACCCUGCAAAGACCUUUUCCAGGAACUGACCCGGCUGACCCAUGAGUAUCUGAGUAUGGCCCCUUUUGCUGACUACCUCGACAGCAUCUACUUUAACCGUUUUCUGCAGUGGAAGUGGCUGGAAAGGCAGCCAGUGACCAAAAACACCUUCAGGCAGUACAGAGUCCUGGGCAAAGGUGGCUUUGGGGAGGUAUGUGCCUGCCAGGUGCGGGCAACAGGCAAGAUGUAUGCCUGCAAGAAACUGGAGAAGAAACGGGUCAAGAAGCGGAAAGGGGAGGCCAUGGCGCUCAACGAGAAGCAGAUCCUGGAGAAAGUGAACAGUAGGUUUGUAGUGAGCUUAGCCUACGCCUAUGAGACCAAGGAUGCACUGUGCCUGGUGCUGACGCUGAUGAACGGGGGUGACCUCAAGUUCCACAUCUACCACAUGGGCCAGGCUGGCUUUCCCGAAGCACGCGCUGUCUUUUAUGCUGCCGAGAUUUGCUGUGGCCUGGAGGACCUGCACCGGGAGCGGAUUGUGUACAGAGACCUGAAGCCAGAGAAUAUCCUACUGGAUGACCACGGCCACAUCCGAAUCUCUGACCUGGGACUGGCUGUGCAUGUGCCUGAGGGCCAGACCAUCAAAGGUCGUGUGGGCACCGUGGGCUACAUGGCUCCGGAAGUGGUGAAGAACGAGCGGUACAUGUUCAGCCCUGACUGGUGGGCAUUAGGCUGCCUCCUGUACGAGAUGAUUGCAGGCCAGUCGCCCUUCCAGCAGAGGAAGAAGAAGAUCAAGCGAGAGGAGGUGGAGCGGCUGGUGAAGGAGGUGCCAGAGGAAUAUUCCGAGCGCUUUUCCCCACAGGCUCGCUCCCUCUGCUCUCAGCUCCUCAGCAAGGAUCCCACUGAGCGCCUGGGGUGUCGUGGGGGUGGUGCCCAAGAGGUGAAGGAGCACCCCCUUUUCAAGAAAUUGAAUUUCAAGCGGCUGGGAGCUGGCAUGUUGGAGCCACCCUUUAAACCGGAUCCCCAGGCUAUUUACUGCAAAGAUGUUCUGGACAUUGAACAGUUCUCCACAGUUAAGGGCGUGGAGUUGGAGCCCACCGACCAGGACUUCUACCAGAAGUUUGCCACAGGCAGUGUGCCCAUCCCCUGGCAGAACGAGAUGGUGGAGACUGAGUGCUUCCAGGAGCUGAAUGUCUUUGGGCUGGAUGGCUCAGUCCCUCCAGACCUGGACUGGAAGGGACAGCCGCCUGCACCCCCCAAGAAGGGACUGCUACAAAGGCUCUUCAGUCGCCAGGAUUGCUGUGGGAACUGCAGCGACAGUGAGGAAGAGCUCCCCACCCGCCUCUAGCCCCCAAGCUGAGGCCUCCACCAGCGGUUGGCGGUAGCAGUUACUCCCCGUGCUGUUUACAGUUUUGCACAGUGGUCUUCCCCAUUGUCCACUCAAGUCGUGGCCUGGGGAACACAGCCGGAACUGUCCCCAGUGUCUGCUGUCCCUCAGCCCCUGGCCCAGCUGAGCUUGCUUGGCAAGGCCUGGGUUGUCCCUGGGACAAAGGUGCGUCCCUUUAGCUCUCCUAUGUGGAGCUCUGGGAUUUCUGUAUUUAUGUAUUUGUACGAAUGUAUAUAGCAAUCAGAGCGUUCUUAAUUCCACCCUAGACCUGUCGCCCCAGCCUCAGUUCCCCGGGGCAGCCAACCCUGGCUCAGAAAGCCAGGCACUGGCAGAGGAGCCAUUGCCAAGCUGGAGGCUUCUUAGGCUCAGCCCAGGUGAGCAGAGGGCUGGGUCAGGGGAGAGCCCCAGCAAUGCACUGGCCCUCCAUCAACCUCCAAGUGACACUUGUGACUGCCCUUGCUGUCAUGGACUCAGGCCAUCACCUUCUGGUUGCUCAAUGCUGUCAUUCCUUCUCUGCAUGAGUCAGAGCUGGAGUUGGGGUGUCUGCAUCCCUAGGGCCUGUGUCAUAGCAUGACCACAGACUGGACCGGGACCCAUCAGACCACUGCCCAAGCUGUCUGAGACAGUCUCCUUCUGCGUUCAGGCUCCCAGGGCACUGUGUGCUUUAUGCUAGGCCUUGUCCUGAAGACACCUCCUUCAGAAAUGCCCAGCUCGUCCCAUAGCAAGGGUUGGGUGUCUCCCUGGUCAUCCUCCAACAUUCCAAAUCCUUCAUAGCAGUAGACACGUGCCCAGCAAUAAUCCACCCAUCCCUGUGUGCCUGUGGGGUGUGUAUGUGUGAGUGUGUGUGAAGGGGACUGGGGUAAGGCUGUGCCCAUGCCCCAGACCCUAGCCCUGGCCCUUCCAACUGUGAUGCCGUUCUGAUGCCAAUGUUAGGACAGCAUGGGAUUAUAGGGCCUUGGUUUUUCCAUAUUUAAAGCCAAUUUUUAUUACUCAUUUUGUUCAAUGUAAGCUGCCACGUGUCUCUAUGUGAAUACAGUCUGAGCACAAAUCUA